GAUUGCUGGGAGGGCGAAGGAAACCACUGAGGCUUUUUCUCCUGCCGCGACCAGACUGCACUUCCUCAGCCCGACCUAGCCCCGCCAUGACCACCCACAGCUUCGCGGUACCUGUCAUCCUCUUCUCGAUAUUCUGGGGGCUCGUGGGAUUUGCGGCGCCUUGGUUUGUGCCCAAAGGGCCCAACCGUGGCGUGAUUAUUACCAUGUUGGUCACUACUGCCAUUUGCUGUUAUCUCUUUUGGCUUAUAGCAAUCCUAGCCCAAGCCAACCCACUGUUCGGACCACAACUGAGGAAUGAGACUAUCUGGUAUGUGCGUUACCUGUGGGAGUGACCCAUGGUGCUGCAGAAUGCUUCAACAGGUUCUCAUCUGAUAUAGACAGCUUCAUGCUUUCCCCCUUCCAGUACCAAGUAAACAGAUUUUACAGCCCAAAAGGCCCACAACACUAGGACCAAGUACUUAAUAUGCCCGUUGUAUGUAUUGUAGUAUCCCCUCCAUCUUCUCAAUCUGAAUUGAUCUUGAUUAUAAUAUUUUCAUCCCACUUUUCAAAACCCCUUCCAAAGACCCUGAAAGUUAGUACUUACAGUCCUGCCUCAGUAGCUGGGGGUUAACUGUUGUAUCUUGUCCUCUACAGAGGAAGCUCUGUAAAGUCUCGUUAGUCAAGAGAUUAUGGGUUGGAACCAGAUUCCCCUUGUGCCAUCCCUCAGGAUCUCCUAUCCCCCAGAAGCAGCAUUUCCUAGAGGUCAGUAGGCUGCAUUGGGAGGGGAAGGCAGGAAAGUUUCAUUCUACCAUUGGAAAGUUAGGCCUGGACCAAACCCAUUAUAUCUAGUAUAUUUUAUCCUGCUCUCCCUCCAAGGAACAUAACAUGAUUCUCCUUUCUUUUAGCCUCACAACUUUGAAGUUGACUAGCAUGAAGUUGCCUAGUGAGCUUCAUCAAAGAGUGAUUGAUCCUAGUCUGACACACUAAUCUCUCUAAAGCUCCUUCCCUUCUCUUUAAAUAGGGGCUAGCCUACUAGGCCUCUGCCCUCCCCUCAUUUGUGCCGAGAUGUAUUUGCCUAGGUUCUCCUCCUCCCCUGAACUGAUGACGUGUGUAUUUAUCUGCUAUA